AACCCAGAAAUUCUGACUUCAUAAUCCAGGAGGCAGCCUGGAUAUCGGAAUUUUUCGACACCCUGGGAUGAUUCUUCUCUUCGAAAUCCACCGCGCGUCCGGCCACGGCGACCAAAUAAAUGUCCGGCCCGUACAUCUGGCCGCCAGGGGGAAAAGAAAGGCAGGAAAGAAGGAGCGCGGGCCUACGUGGCCUGCGGGAGCCCCGGGCGGCUCCACCCACUGCGCGGGCGCGGCUGACCUACCCUUGGCCUCGGGCCAGCUGCGGGAAUAAACCCCUGAGCCUCGCCCGCCGCGAGCCAGUGAGGCGGUGCGCGUAGCAGGGACUGCUUCUCCGCGGACAGCGAGGGCAGCGUGUCCCGGGUCUCAGCCACAGCAUGGCUUCCAACCUGAAGUUCACCAAGGAAUUGAUCACCUUCUUAGGAAAAGCAGUGAUUGCUCUUCUGGAGACCCUGAUUUUCACCUUCAUCCCCAGACCACGGAAGAACGUUGCCGGUGAAAUCGUGCUCAUCACCGGUGCUGGGAGAGGACUGGGAAGGCUCUUGGCCCUCAGAUUUGCCCACCUCGGAUCGGUGCUGGUUCUCUGGGAUGUCAACAAGGAGGGGAACGAGGAAACAUGCAGGAUGGCUCGGGAAGCCGGAGCCACAAGAGUCUAUGGCUACACUUGCGACUGCAGCCAAAAGGAAGAAAUAUACCGAGUGGCCGAGCAGGUUAAAAAAGAAGUCGGCGAUGUCUCCAUCCUGAUCAACAAUGCCGGAGUUGUGACAGGCGGCGAUUUCCUCAACUGCCCAGAUGACCUGGUAGAAAAGUCUUUAGAUGUGAAUUUCAAAGCGCAUUUAUGGACGUAUAAAUGCUUUCUACCUGCUAUGAUAGCUAAUGAUCAUGGCCAUUUGGUUUGCAUUUCAAGUUCAGCUGGAUUAAUUGGAGUAAAUAAACUGGCAGAUUACUGUGCAAGUAAAUUUGCAGCCUAUGGAUUUGCUGAAUCUGUAUUUAUAGAAACAAUAGUCCAGAAACUAAAGGGGGUCAAGACCACUAUUGUGUGCCCAUUUUUUAUAAACACUGGAAUGUUUGAAGGUUGUUCUACUGUCCGUCCUUUUCUGUUACCGAUUCUGGAACCAGAAUACGUGGUUGAAAAGAUAGUCGAUGCUAUCCUGAAAGAGAAAGUGUACUUAUAUGUGCCAAGGUUUUUAUACUUCGUAAUGGUUCUUAAAAGUGUCUUGCCUGUCAAGAUAGCGUUGCUUCUGUCUGACUUUAUGGGCGUCUUUAACAUAAUGGAUGGCUUCGUUUGCAAGAAAAAGAAACACUAAAGACCAGCUCCACGGCCAAUACCAUCCGAUACCCAGUGGUGCAUGAUGCUUAUUUCGAUGGAGAACAGCAUUUUUGUCCAACAGGAUGUAUCUGGAAACUACAAGUACCCUUCUUUUUCUGUUAUCUAGACUCGUAUUUUCAACUGAUGCCUUUGCAAAUAAUGUUGCUAUCUGCUUUUUGGCUAGGUUAUUCUUUUUUUAAUUAAAAAAAAAAUAGCCCGUUUUUGUCAAGUCUGCUUGCAACAGAUGGGUAAGAAAAAUAAUCCUCUCUCUCACGAACUGCCCUUCACUUUGGUCACGGGGGGAGGUGGCUUAAGUGAAGCAGGGAACUGGAGUGAGAGGUGAGGAGCAUGAAUGAGUACAGUAAAACCUUGCACUGCAAGUAACUUGUUCCGCAAAUGUUCCACAAGAUGAGCAAACAUUCCUAAUAAGUUUUGACGUGAUAAAGGAACGAUGUCUUGCAAUACGCGUAGUACGUGACAGCGAAUGUCACGCGAUCACGACUUAGCCAGUGGUUCUGGAAAUUCGCUUUGAGGUACAAGUGCUUUUGAUUACAAGCACCCUUCCGGAACAAAUUAUGCUCGCAAACCAAGGUUUUACUGUAGAUUGCUAGAAUGCCCUCUUUACGGAGGACACAGGGCUCUGGGUUCUCUAUCACCCUGCUCUCAGCCUUGGCCUUUUUGAGCCUAUGCCACCAGGUGUAGGACAGGCCAGCCUGCCGUGUCCUUCUUCCCAACACAGUCACACCAACGCUGACUGCUUAAUGCCCUGCGUGCUCACAGACUAAGUGCCAGUGCUGCUGAGUGUACAUCAGGAGCCACUCUGUCAGGAAGCCUUCCUGCACAUUCCCUGAAUGAACUUGGGAGACAGUGACUCUAGCCCAAAGUCUACACAGGAGCACAUUUUUUUCCCUAGAAGAGCUCAAAGAAUGGUUGCUUCUGACUCUGAAAAUGACAUUGCUACUGAGCUAGUUUAACUGCUGCCUGUUAGUCCAGAAAACAUAUCCAUGUGGUUAAUUUCAAAUGUUUAAUUUAGCGCUUCGGGUUGGGGUUCGUGUUGUAUUUUUCCACAGAACGGGCAAUUCUACGCGUUGGUGUUCGUCGAUGCUGCCUUUAUCUCAAAUCUGUUGUAUUCUUGCAGCUUAAUGGCCUGGCCAACUGCUCUCAUGAUUUGGAUAUUAACUAUAAAAGCAAGGUUAAGAAAACUGUGUUCAUUACCGUAUCCCUGGAACUCCUUCGCAGCCUGGGAGGGGGCGCCUGCCUCGGGAGAAAAACAGCAGCCUUUGUCUCUUACCUUCCUUUGUACGGGGAGCAGGAAAGGAUGAGAAGUGCUUUGGAAGACCCUGUGAGAGUCAAAAUAAACAAGUCGUGAACGUCGUGGGGUAAGAUGCUCUUAGAAAGGCAGUGGUCUCAGGCAGUGUGGAAUCAGUGGAAUCCACUGCGGACUGAUUUAUCUUGAGCCGCCUGCAUGAUUCUGACUCUGCCCCUGUAUUUCCGUUUCAUUCAGAAAGCCUUAAAGAAAGGGGGGAGGGGAGGAACCUUGUUUUAGAAUAAUAAAAGCAAUAGCUAAGGUUUCAUUGUGCCUGGCACGAAGCUAUGCGCUUUGCACACAUUGUUUCGCUAAACAAGCCUGUCACACCAUUUCUCAAAGAAUAAUAAAGGUAUUUGGGGUAUGCCAAAGAAUAAAAGGCAUUUUAUUUCACAAGAGGGACAUCCUACUCAACUGCAGAUGUGUACUGAGCGACUCAAAAGGCCCUCUUAGCCUAACCAGCUAAUGUUCCAAAUCCUUGCUUAACAAGGUUAAUUAAGAGAGAGGCACAAUAUCGCUCCUAUAUUACGAUUCCAAAAGCGUAUAUUCUAGGGGCCUGUCUAUUUAGCUGAAGAAUAAAGAAGAGACUCGAGGGAUUUAGGAGAACAAAGGUCUGGGGUAUAGCGGGCAGCCACCACAUCGUAACAGCAUUAACAGCAAUUAUUUCUAAUUGGAGUGCAUCUUGGCGGGACCUCUACAAAGGCCUGAAAUUCAAUUGUGGUUUUACAGUACCCA